GAACAACGUUGGUUUCUUUUUUCCACUGAUAAUGAUGCUGACGUGGAUGGUGUCUGUGGCUAGCAUGGUCAGAAAGUUGGUGUAUGAGCAGGAGAUCCAGAUAGAAGAGUAUCUGUGGAUGAUGGGAGUGCAUCCAAUGACCCAUUUCCUGGCCUGGUUCCUGGAGAACAUGGUUGUGUUGACCGUAAGCAGUGCUGCUCUGGCCAUCAUUCUGAAAACAAGUGGCAUCUUUGCACACAGCAAUGCUUUUAUUAUUUUCCUCUUUCUCUUGGAUUUUGGAAUGUCAGUCGUCAUGCUGAGCUACCUCUUGAGUGCAUUUUUCAACCAAGCUAAUACAGCAGCCCUUUGCACCAGCCUGGUGUACAUGAUCAGCUUUCUGCCCUACAUAGUUCUAUUGGUUCUACAUAACCAAUUAAGUUUUGUCAUUCAGACAUUUCUGUGCCUUCUCUCCACAACUGCCUUUGGACAAGGAGUAUUUUUUAUUACAUUCCUGGAAGGACAAGAGACAGGGAUUCAGUGGAAUAAUAUGUACCAGGCUCCAGAACAAGGGGGCAUGACAUUUGGCUGGGUUUGCUGGAUGAUUCUGUUGGAUUCAAGCCUUUAUUUUUUCUGUGGAUGGUACUUGAGCAACUUGAUUCCUGGAACAUUUGGUCUACGGAAACCAUGGUAUUUCCCCUUUACUGCCUCAUAUUGGAAGAGUGUGGGUGUCUUGGUGGAAAAAAGGCAAUAUUCUCUAAGUUCCAGUGUGUUCUUCUUCCAUGAGAACUUUGACAGUAAAGGGUCAUCACAGCAAAACAGGGAAGGAGAGCUUGAAGGAAGUCCCCCGGGAGUCACCUUGGUGUCUGUGACCAAGGAAUAUGAGGGCCACAAGGCUGCAGUCCAAGACCUCAGCCUCACCUUCUACAGGGACCAAAUCACCGCCCUGCUGGGGACAAAUGGUGCCGGGAAAACCACUAUCAUAUCUGUGUUGACGGGGCUCUACCCUCCCACUUCUGGAAACAUCAUCAUCAAUGGCAAGAACCUACAGACAGACCUGUCAAGGGUCAGAAUGGAGCUGGGUGUGUGUCUGCAGCAGGACAUCCUGUUGGACAACCUCACCGUCCGGGAACAUCUGCUGCUCUUUGCUUCCAUAAAGUCUCCACAGUUGACCAAGAAGGAGCUGCAUCAGCAAGUCAAUCAAACUCUUCAGGAUGUGGACUUAACUCAGCAUCAGCACAAACAGACUCGAGAGCUGUCUGGAGGCCUGAAGAGAAAGCUGUCCAUUGGCAUUGCUUUCCUGGGCAUGUCGAGGACCGUGGUUCUGGACGAGCCCACCAGUGGGGUGGACCCUUGCUCCCGGCAUAGCCUGUGGGACAUUCUGCUCAAGUACCGAGAAGGUAGGCACUGGGCCUUAUUCUGCCUUCUCUUCCCACAAUGUUGUAUUGCAGGAAAUGCAUCGCUAUCAUACGGAAGAACCUAGUUGUGUCCCAAUGAGGCUACAUUAUCCUUUUCAGAAAAGCAUAGUUUUUAAAUCACUUAUAGGGAUAUAUUCGUUAGAUAACAUCUCUAUAGUGCUUAGAAUUGCUUACUUUGUGUUUGACCUUUUAACUCAAUAACAGCAAUGACAUUUAUGUACAUUAUAUAUUAUCACACGUGAUUUCAAGGAAAAUUGUCUUCUUCUGGGAGCUUAGUUUCUUAGAAUAGGCAUCCCAGAUCAUAGGACAAACAUCCCUUGUCUCAGAUGAAGAAAUGAAGGCUCAGAGAGAUGGCAGUUGAUUUACUUGUAGCUACAGAGAAAGUUUCCUGAACUGAGGGUGGCCGUGGAGCCUCUGGUCCAUAUUUCUCGCAUCUAUUAUUGUUUCUUUCCAAUUUAGGACAUUUGAUGGGAAGUUACUAAUUUCCAACUUCUGAUUCUUUCUGCAAUCCUGACAGCUCGGAAGCAUUGCUCUAUGUAUUUUCGAUGAGAAUUCUCCCUUUUGGAGAGAAACAUUGCAACAGUGAAUACACAUCUUGGUGCUGGUAAACAAGUGUAGAAGCAUCAGUGGCAGGAUUAAUACAGAUUCUUAUAAAAUGUUACUUUGCUUUUUCUUUCACCUUUUGAGUAUAAAAUUUUCUUCUGACUUGACCUAAGGUCUCCAUUUCCCUGGAGGUGAACUAGGACUUGCAAAUGAAGAAAUAAAGG